CAACCAUGGCUGACCGGAGCCUCGCCCAGAUUCUCGCCCAGCUCAAGCAGGCCCCUCAGAUGAGCUAUCCUGAGGCCAGCGCCCUCCUCUCCAAGGCCAAGCUGAUCCUCCUGAGCCUCAACGCCCUGACUCCGACACCCUCAACGCCCCCGAACCUUCUCGCCCUCGCCCGGGAAACGUACGAACAGGGCGCCCUCUUCUCCAUUCGCGCCAAGAACGCCGAUGCCUUCACGCGCUACGUCCAGCAGCUGCAGCCCUUCUACGAGCUCCCAUCCGUUACCCUGCCGCCCAACAUCCCCGAACGCAACAGGGUCACGGGACUCAGCUUGCUGCUGCUCCUCACUCAGGGCCGCUACGCCGAGUUCCACUCAGAGCUGGAGAGUCUGGCGAACAGAGACGGUGGCGGCACCGACGUUGAGGGUGACCGGUAUCUGGGCUACCCCGUCCGCUUGGAGAGGUGGCUGAUGGAGGGGAGCUAUGAUCGUGUAUGGAAGGCAAUGAAGAGCAGCGAGGUGCCCUGUGAUGAGUACAGUGUUUUCUCCGAGAUUCUCAAGAACCAAAUUCGGUCCGAAAUUGCCAGCAGCAGCGAACGAGCCUACCCCAGCCUUCCCAUAAGCUCCACCAAAUCAUUACUAUUCUUGAACUCGGAAGGAGACGUCAUUCAGUUUGCCAAGCACCGCGGAUGGGUCGUUAAGGAGGGCCACAUCUAUUUCCCCAACGCGGCCGCUGAGGGCAGUGAAGACGGAGCUUAUGCCAAAGACAUGAGCCAGAUGAUCAUCGAGAACACACUGGGCUAUGCUCGCGAGCUAGAAACCAUCGUGUAG